AUUCAACGUGAGAGAGCAAUUCGGUAGUUCACAAUAAUGGCAGAAAGCAAAAUCGGACUUUGCCAAGAUUCCAAAUUUUGAAGAAAAAAAAAGAAAGAACCUAAAUUAUAAAUAAUUACAUAAUUUCAAGUUUUAAAUUUAAUUUAUAUAAUUUUUAAAUUAAUAGAAGGAUCCUAGGUCAGAGACUAAUGAUAAAUUAAAAUAAAAUGAUAUAAAUUGGGUAGAUGGUAGACCCAGGUUUUAUGACCGGAGCUGAUAAAAGGGAGAAGAAAGGGGAAGAAACGAAGAGACAUCUUUCAUCGCCUACCCACCAAAAGGCAAAGCCUCGGCCUUCUGCUUCUCUCUCUCUCUUCGGCGGAAAGCAUCAAGCAUGGCUCUGCAACUGUGGGAGACGCUGAAGGAGGCCAUCUUAGUCUACACGGGUCUCUCUCCGGCGACCUUCUUUACCGUGCUUGCUCUGGCGGUGGCCAUCUACUACGUGGUUUCGGGACUGUUUGUGUCGCCCGAUCAUCAUCGCCAGGCGCCCAGGGGGCUCGAGGAGCAGAUGGAACCGCUGCCUCCGCCCGUGCAGCUCGGCGAGGUCACUGAGGAGGAGCUCAGGGCCUACGAUGGCUCCGAUUCGAAGAAGCCCUUGCUCAUGGCCAUCAAGGGUCAGAUCUAUGAUGUCUCACAGAGCAGAAUGUUUUAUGGGCCUGGUGGGCCUUACGCGCUGUUUGCUGGGAAGGAUGCUAGUCGAGCUCUUGCAAAGAUGUCUUUUGAAGAUAAAGAUUUGACUGGGGAUGUUUCUGGUCUUGGUCCAUUUGAACUCGAGGCCUUACAGGACUGGGAAUACAAGUUUAUGAGCAAGUAUGUCAAAGUUGGAACCAUCAAGAAGACAGUUCCAGUGACCGAGGGCUCUGCCACUGGCGAGCCAGCAGAAGCUGCUGAUCAUGAUGUUGAUAGGCCUGUAGAAGACGGACCAGCUAAGCCAGCAGAGGACGGACCAGCUAAGCCUGCAGAGGAUGGACCAGCUAAGCCUGCAGAGGAUGGUCCAUCGGAGAGUGCAGCAGCCAGAGCAGUUGAAACCCCUAGUGAUGGCAAUGCUGAGAAAGACUAAUGUUUGUUUGUAUACUUAUCAAUGCAGCAGCAAUGGACUGGCGAAACUACUUGUUAAUGGGACCCUAAGAAAAUGUAAUGUUAAUGCAUAUGUUUCAUGAGAACUGUUUUUGUAUAAGUUUACCUUAGUCUAGGAUACUUGCUUGAACGUGUAGUUGGUUAAAUAAGGAAUUGAGCACCCUGGUUUUUGGGGGUUCAAAGCUGAGACUUUAAUUUCUUGGGAGGAUCCGGAAGUGAAGUUCAAUGAAAUCUAUUAUCAAAUUGCUUUUUCAUUCCUAAAAA